CUUCUCUUCACUCUGUGCUUGAUUAAAAUGCCUGGGAGGCGUGUUCAGGGUGUGACAGCGCCCCCUGCGGCGUUGACUGGCAGCGGUCCCGGGUCAGAUGAUCGGGCUGGAUUGUAAAUAGACAGCAGCAGCAGCAGCAGCAGCCAGAGACCCUGCGGUGCCAUGCCUCCACAGACUCUCUAACCCGCCUCAGACACCGCUCGCACUCCAACUCGGACACCGCCGAUCCCCGGACACCGCCCCGGCUCUUCUCGGCUCAUUCUCGGUGUCGCUAUAAAGUAUGUACCGCUCCCUGUUCGCCUUCCGAUCCGCGGAGCCCAACUCGCUGCACUUCGCGGCCGGGGAGAGCUUCCUAAUCCUGGAGAGGAGCAACAAUCACUGGUGGCUGGGCUCCCGCUGCAGCUCCGGGGAAACCGGCUACAUCCCCGCCUCGUACAUCGAGAAAAUCCAGGCUCCAGAGCAGGAUGAGGUGUUGCAGUCCAUCGACAGAGCAAUUGAAGGCAUCCACAACGUGGCCUUAAAAAAUGGAGGCAAAUACAACCUGGAGCAGCGAGACGUUCUGCAGAAGUUGAUCCAUCAUAGGAAGGAGACCCUCGCACGACGAAGUUCCUCCUCCUCCUCCUCCAUUCAGAAACAAGGCCUCCCAACUUCCAGCAGUGAAAUAUCUCUCAGUCAAACUCCUCCUCCGCCCAACGGCCUUAACCGAGACUAUGGACGCCACAGCAGCGUGCCGUUAUCAGGAAGCAUGGACAAUAUGCAAAGAGAGCAGGGCUUUUAUCAGGUGCCCCCUCAGCCUCGACGUGCGGCUCCGAUCACCCCUCCUCCCCCAGAGAAACAGAGAAGCAGUCGACCUGCAGCUGAGCCGGAGGUCCCCUCCAGAGUGUCCUCUCUCUCCCCGUCCCCUGCUCCCUCCCUCUCGAUCAGCACCACCUCUUUGGAGUCGGGCUCCUGCCCCUCCCUGGUCUCCUCUGAUGUCAGUUUGCCAAGCGUCUCCAGCACUCCCCCCCCUCCAGUGCCAUCUCGUGUGAAGCCCCCUGCGCUGCCUUUAGAAAUGUUGCCCUCUGACUCCCCCCCUCAGCCUGCUCCUGCGAAGAAAGGCCUGGCGCCUCAGCCUCCUCAGCCUCCUCAGCCCACCACCACUUUAGAGCCCGCUGCGGAGAACCAGCCGGAAAGCGAAUGGCCCGUUGCGCCCCCGUCUGUCGCUGAAAGUGCCCCUGGCAGCCCCACUAUCUCUGAGCCGGUGCCCAUGACCAUCGGGGCUGAGCUGAUUGAGCUGGUGCGGAAGAACACAAGCUUGAGUUAUGAGCUGUCACGGGUCGCUGUGGGCGUGGUGGUCGGCCAUCUGCAGACCACUUUGCCUCAAGCAUCCUCCGCCCUGGAGCAAGUUCUCCUCUCCCUGGUGGAGAGCAAGGUUUCGAGUGCAGCUCUGCCGCAGGGUCAGGUGUGUCAUGACGAGCAGCGGCUGGAGGUAAUCUUCAGUGACCUCGCCCGUCACCGUGACGACUCCCAGCAGCGUAGCUGGGCGCUUCACGAAGACCACGCUCUGAUCGCCUGCUACCUCGAGGAGCUGCUGAAGAUUCUGACUGAUGCAGAUCCAGAGGUGUGUAAGAGGAUGUGCAAGGCCAACCACUGCGAGAGCAUCAUCUCUCUGGUUUCAUAUUACCAGAUGGAGCUCCGUGUGUCGCUGCGGCUGCUGCUGCUCAAAGUGUUCGGGGCGAUGUGCAGCCUGGACGCCGCUCUCAUCUCCACGCUGCUCAACUCCAUCCUGCCCAUGGAGCUGGCCAGAGACCUGCAGAAUGACACACAAGAGCAUCAGAAGAUGUGUUACACAGCUUUGGUGCUGACUAUGAUCUUCUCAAUGGGCGAGCAGGUGCCAUAUCAUCACUAUGAGCACCUGAAUGAUGACUUUGUUCAGUUCCUGCUGGAUGUUGUGGAGGACGGGCUUCCCUCCGACCCCACUGAGCAGCUGCCCGACACCUUUCUCAACCUCCUGCUGGCCUUCAACCUGCACCACACAACUCCCAGCAACAAUGUGAUCAUGCAGGAGGUGAAGAAGAAAAAUGUCAAGAUCCUGUCAGAGAAAGUUCUUCUGCUUCUGAACAGAGGCGAUGACCCCGUGUGCAUGUUCAAACACACCCCGCCUGCACCGCACUCUGUGCUCAAGUUUCUGCAGGAUGUUUUUGCCAACAGAGAGACGGCUGACAUCUUCUACCGCACUGACAUGAUGGUGAUGAUUGACAUCGCCGUCCGGCAAAUAUCUGACCUUUCACCUGGAGACAAGCUAAGGAUGGAGUACCUUUCCCUGAUGCACUCCAUAAUGCGCUCGACGGACUACCUUGAGCACCAGCACCGCCUGUCCGACCUGCAGGGGGCACUGCAGAGGAUUCUAAGGGAGGAAGAAGAUCCCGGAGAGGAGGAAGGGAGCGCUACAGCCAAACAGAUGGAUAAGCUCAUUGUGCAGCAGAUCUACAAGGAGUUCCCACAUAUCUGUGAGAACCAGGUCUAACCAUGUCAGUAUCACGCUCACACACUGUAGUCUGCUCCCAUCUACUGCAGGGAGGUGCAAUAAAGCUUGAAAGAAGAAGAACUGAUGUUUGAUGGGACGCCCUGUGAUCUGUGCCAGACUGUACUGAGAGAAGCAAACCAGUUCCGCCAAUGUUUUCCUGGACUGGUCGUCCAGCAUCCCUGUGAUUGACAUCAAGAAGAUCUUGCAGCUUUUCUCCUCUUGAAUAAUCUGAUCUUUAUCUGAUGAAUUCAGGAGGAUGUCUUAAGUUUGUGUCAAGAAGGGAAAAAAUAUGACGAGUGCGUUGUGAGGUUUAGUCAUACGGAGAUUAAAAAUAGCCAAAUCUAGGGCAAGUUUAGGAGCUUUUCUCACAGUGAAUUCUUAGCAAUAAUAACAAUUACACAUUACCUAACUAUACUUUAUUAAUUAAAGUAAUAAAGCAACAGUAACUAUGACUAAAUCUUAUUCUAACCAAAUCAAACAGAUUUUAGAGCAAAUUGAUCGAUUUGACAUUUUAUUCAAAUUAAAAAAUAGUUGUGAGAAUACUUUGAGCCUUUAUGUGCUUCCCUAACAGUGGGACCAAACUACUGUGUGUUACUGAAAGCAUUAUUUUAUUUACAGCAUACAGAGCUUCCUCUUUCAUCCACUUCCGCAUUCAGUGUAUUUCAAACUAAAUCAAGUUCAGCAAGUGUACUGUCAUAUUGAGAGGAAAAAAAACCUGGACUCAUGAGUUAUCAUUACUAAGCUUUUAGCUGAGUAACCUGCUGCUACAUACUGAGUCUCUCCUGUGGCUCGGUCUGGUACGUUUGUCGAUCGCUCUGAACUGACACACGCUAAACUCCUCCAGCGCCACAAGUCAUUGACUGUUUACAGAUCUGAGGGUUUUGUCGUAAUGCUGCAUUCACACUCAGCCUAACUGUGCUGCAAUAAGGCUUUUAACAACGUGCUGUAAAAGACUGAGUAUUGACUAAUGUGAAGAGGAAACGUGUUUUGCAGUUAUUAUCUUAAAUAUUUAACUGGUCAGUGUUGUUGAUUUCUGGUUAUAAUCUCAUAGUUCCACUGCAAAUCAAAACAAGGCAAUACAGGGCAUUUUGUUUAUCUCCUCGUGGUCUUAUUCUUAAACAGCAACACAUCCCUUUCCUUGUUUCUUCCCUGUGAUGUAGUGAUUGAUGUCGUUCUCCCAUCUUACACUGAGCUUCUCUGUUUCUGUCCCUGGAAUGGCUCCUUUAAACAUGUGUCUGAGAACACAAUCUAGAAGUAACAUCAGAUUUAUGUCCAAGUACUCAUUCAUUCACUGUUAGUGAGAGAGAUGAACGUUUCCUUUCCAUAUUUAACAUUGUCUGCACAUCUGCUCUGACUGUGUUAUAAUAAAUCUAAUAAAGCUAUAUUUUAACAGUG